GGAUUGGCCGAUGGCUCGCGCGCGCCUCAAAGAUACCCCGGUGCUCGUCAACGCAAUCUUCAGUCGACCCUGGGCACUCGCGGAGCUCAUUGGGUACUCCAAUAAAGUCCCAUCAUUAAAAUACAUAUAUAAGGAUUAAUAAAUAUUAUCUUUUUAUUCCCUCGUGAGUUUUAUUAUUUAAAAAAAAAAAAAUUAUUUAUCAGUGUGUAAUUUUUAAUUUAAAAUAUAUUAUUAUUUAUUAAUAGUAAUAAUAAUAAUUAGUGAAUUUGUUUUUUAAAUUAAUCGUGUUUGAAUUUUAAAAGAAUUUUUUUUAAAUUAAAAAACUGUGUAAAGCGAAGAUAAUUAUAUUCAUUUUUUUUUUUCGUAUUGAUAAAAAAAAAAACGGAAUAAUAUCUAUAUUGUUGCAAGCGAAUAUUCAGUUGCCAGGACGAAUAUCGUAUCAGCAUAUAGCUGUGUAUCCCAUCGUUAAAUUUGUAAUCCACCCGAUCACAUUUAUGGGGGUGGUAGGCGGAGAGUGCGCGGUCAAAGGUACCGGCGGCAAAAGCCAUCCCUGUCACUGCUGCAGCAGUCGUGUACCAAGUGCUGCUGGUACAGGCAUUGUUUCAUAUAAUCAACAUCAACAAAAUCAACAAAAUCGUCAACAUAAAACAAGCAAAAAAUAUCCAGAUACUGAUUUGACUAUUUGUCAUAGUCCAAGUAACUCAACAACAACAGUUACAGACAAUACAAUAUUGGCACCACUACGUAGCAAGAUGAAAGUGCUUAAAAAACUCAAAAGAAAAAUGGGACUAGCACCAAGAUCGUCUAGUGCCGGUACAAACAAUUUGCCACCAUUGACAUUUCACCAAGUGCAUGGUGAUAAUAUCACACUUUGUAAUGCUGCGACAAUUGCCCGAAGACAUGAAAGCUUUUGCAAGGGUAUUACAUUCAGUGCUCGACCAGUUCGUGUUGGUGAAAAGGUUUGUGUAAAAUUUUUAGAAAUGUCAAAUAAUUGGAGUGGAGUUAUAAGAUUUGGAUUUACAAGUAAUGAUCCAAUUCAUUUGAGAAAUGGCCUUCCACGUUAUGCAUGUCCAGAUUUAACAAAUAAACCAGGCUAUUGGGCAAAAGCACUUGCCGAAAGAUUUGCUGGACGUGAUACUGUAUUAUUUUAUUAUGUAACUGCUGCUGGUGAUGUACAUUUUGGUGUUAAUGGAGAAGAAAAAGGUGUAUUUUUUGGUGGUGUAGAAACACGUGGUUCAUUAUGGGCUGUUAUUGAUGUUUAUGGUAAUAGUACGGCAAUCGAAUUUUUGGAUCCAAAUAGACAACAUUUUAAUAAUAUUAGACGUGGUGCUGAUCAUAGUAAUGAAGAUAAUUCACAACAAAGUAGACAUACUGCAAUGGACGAUGCUAGUAAUGCUGGACGUGAUGUUGUUGAAAGAAUUAUUGUACCAUCAAUGCAAAAUGUUUGUUUACAUCAUGAGCCAGAUGUUGAAUUACCUGGACUUAGAUUUCAACCAUCAGGUGUAUUAUUUGCAUCAUUACCAUUUCAUCCAGUACGCGGAAGAAAUAUUAGAUUUAGUAAUCAACAAUGUGUAGCAACAAGAAGUGACACAGAAUUUUGUCAUGGUUAUGCAUUUACUGGAAGACCAUUGAUACUUGGUGAAAGACUUGUUGUACAAGUAUUAGCAACUGAGCCAAUGUAUGUUGGUGCACUGGCACUUGGUUUAACAUCAUGUGAUCCAUCAAGAUUAACACCAGAAGAUUUACCAGAUGAUAGUGAUUUAUUACUUGAUAGACAAGAAUAUUGGGUUGUAUCAAAAGAUGUUGCAUCAAGUCCACAACCAGGUGAUGAAAUAUCAUUUACAGUAACACAUUAUGGUGAAGUACAAAUGAGUAAAAAUGGUGGUCCACCAAAUGUCGUUAUGCAUGUAGAUCAAAGUUUAAAAUUAUGGGCAUUUGUUGAUGUUUAUGGAAGUACCCAAAGAGUUAGAAUGAUGGCAAGUCGUCCAUCAUCAACAUCAUCAUCACCACCAAGACAACAAAGACAAUGUUCAGCUAAUACAACACCAAUUAUUAAUCAACAACAACAACAGCAACAACAACAACAAACAAAUCAUUCAAAUGCUGCAACUGAAUUAUCAAGAUUUUCUGAAAUGGUACAAUUUAAACCGGCAAUUGGUGGUGGUACUGUACUUGUUGUUAAUCUUCCACCACAACAAGGCUAUCCAACACCAACAUCAACAACACCUCAACCAAUUUAUGGUACAACAGUAAGAAAUUCACCAAAUUUUCAUUCGACAAAUUCAACAACAACAGCACAAUCACCAAAUCAAGCAACAACAGCUGCAUCAAUAUCAGCUGCAGCUGCCAAUGCUGCUACUGCUGCAUCAGGCGUUAUUCCAGCAACACCCCUAUCACCUGUUGCACAAAUUACAUCAUCACAUCAUUCAGCUGCAACAACAAGACAACACACCACCACCACAUCAUCAUCAUCAUCAUCAUUAUCGUCAUCAUCACCACCAGUAUUAACUGGUACCAUGAAUAGUAAUGCAUCUGCAACAUAUAUUGAUCCAAUUAAUUAUCAAAGUAUUGAUACAUCAACAAUUAGCUCACAAAAUCCACAUUUACAACAGUGGAGUGAACGUAUACAACCACCAACACCUGGACAACCAAGUGAAUGUUCAAUAUGUUAUGAAAGAAAUAUUGAUAGUGUACUUUAUAUGUGUGGACACAUGUGUAUGUGUUAUCCUUGCGCAAUUCAACAAUGGCGUGGUAAAGGUGGUGGUCAUUGUCCACUUUGUCGUGCACCAAUUAGAGAUGUUAUACGCAUUUACAGAUCAUGAACAUGAUAAUUGUUUAAAUAUUAUUAUCAUUAUAUAUAAUAUACAAGUCAAAAAUUUUAAUUAAUUUUCAUUAUUUUUAAUUAAUCAAUAAAGAAAAUUAAUUAAUUAUUAUUAUUUAAAAAAAAUUAAAUUUAAUAAACACAUGAUGUCAUUUCGCGCCGGCGCGAUUACUUUAGUCGACUUUUCUAAAAUUUCUUUUUUUUUUUCUUUCAUCUAUUUGUCCUUUUUUUUUUUAGAAAAAAAGAAAAUAUUUUUGUCAUAAUAUCAAGACACUGUCAAACAGACAAGCAAGCAUAUCUCAUUUUGUUUUUUUUUAUCAAUUGAUUAAGCAAGAAAUUGUAAUUUUUAAAUAGUUGCUGUUUGUUUGUCAUUGUGUUUUUUUUUUAUUGUCAAAUGAAUAAAUUAAAUUAAAAUUUCUAUUUGAAAAAUACGUUAAUAUAUUUUUUUUUUUUUUUCUUUCGAUUGAGAGAGAAUAUGACAGACUGAGUCAAAACUCACAAAUUGAAUUGAAAAAAAAAAAAAAAAACAAUUACCAUCAAUUUAACAAUAAUUGUCGAACUUUUUUAUUUAUUUAUUUUUUUUUUUUCGUUAUAAACUUUUUCAUAUUAAUGCCAACUCUGCGUUUGCCAAGGUUUUUUUUUAGUUUCAUUAUAAUUUUAGCUUUGUGAUUUUUUUCUAUUGGUUUUUUUUUAUUCGUAUGACUAGUUUUAAUUUGGUUUUCAUUGUUGAAGGCAUUAUUUAAUAUUAGUAUCGUUUAUUAUUAAUAUUAUUAUUACUAUUAUUAUUACUAGUUAUCAUAUUAUUAUUAUUAUUAUUAUUAUUAUUAUUAUUAUUAUUAUUAUUACUAUUAUUAUUGGGUAGAAUAAGUAGAAUUGCCGACAGCACUGUCAAAAACUAAAAGAAAAAAAAUCAAUCAAGACUUGUCGCGUGAAAUUUUUGAUAAAAAAAUUGGAAAAUUCUGUUGGCAUUAAUCUCUAGAUCUUUUUUUGUCUACAAAAAAAAAAAAACACAGCACCCCAUUACCAAAGAAAUCAUUUCACAAAAUAAUUUUUCUUUGUUUAAUUUUUUUAAUCGCAAAAUUAAAAUAAACAACGAUGCAAUUUACAUUGUAAAAGAAAAAACAAUAUAUAGAUAAAUAUGUAUUUAGAAUUUUUUUUUUUUUAUAACUGUAAGAUGUAGUUUUGCUAUAUUUGUAUUGAAGUAAUAUGAUAGCUAAAAAAUCAAGAAUUUACAUCAGAUCGAGGCUGGAUUAAUUGAGUCAACUUUAAUCGAGCCUCGAUCACUGCCAAAAAAAAAAAAAAAAUAAAGUACACAAUAGACAAAUAUAAAAUAAUAACGCAUUGCUUUGCGCGAUCCAUUCGGUGCCUUCGAUAAUGGUAAACAAUUACUGCUAUUAACGAAAAAAAAAAUGAUGAUAAAACCAACUGUGACAAUUAUUUCAGGGCUGAUUGGUCAAAGCGAUUAAAAUUAUUUAAAAAAAAGAAAAAUUUUU